GGCGCCUGUCGUGCCUCAGCCCGAUCUCUCUUUGCUCGCUGGGCCGGGCAGACGGCCACCAUGGACGUCCUCAAAGCGGUUCAGACCUAUGUGACGAAGAUGCUCGCCCAAGCGCCGGGCGUCAAGGUGCUCUUGCUCGACACAGAAACGACUCCCAUCAUCUCGCUUGCAUCGACAACUUCUCAUCUGCUCUCGCACGAGGUCUACCUGACCGACAGGCUCGACAAUAUCACUCGCGAGAGGAUGCCCCAUUUGCAGUGCAUAUGCUUUCUCAGACCGUCAGCAACCAGUUUAGCAGCUCUCGAAGCAGAGCUUGCACACCCGCGCUAUGCAGGCUAUUGGCUCUACUUUACCAACGUCCUCAAGAAGUCUGCAAUCGAGCGCUUGGCCGAAGCAGACGAAUAUGAAGUUGUCAAGGAAGUUCAGGAAUUCUUUGCCGACUAUUCACCGAUUACGCAGUCGCACUUCUCGCUCAAUCUUCUGCCCGUGCCACUCUCUUCUAGCGUGCAGGCAAAUCGGAGGAGACUCUAUUCUGAGGUACCGACUGCCUGGGAUCUCUCGCCAGAGACGGGCAGCUUCGACCGCCACGUCGAGGGCCUGGCUGCUGUGUUGCUCAGUCUCAAGAAGAAGCCCAUCAUCCGCUAUGAGCGGAUGUCACCUAUGGCCAGGAAACUCGGCCAAGAUUUGCUGUAUCACAUCUCGACAGAGUCCCAGCUCUUUGACUUUCGCCCUGCGGCAAUUGCACCUUUGCUCCUGAUAUUGGAUCGGAGGAACGAUCCCGUCACGCCUCUUCUCAGCCAGUGGACAUAUCAAGCGAUGGUACACGAUCUCAUUGGUAUCAAUAACGGUCGGGUGGACCUCAGCGGUGCACAUGACGUGCGAGAUGAGCUCAAAGAAAUCGUGCUGUCACCUGAGCACGAUCCGUUCUUUGCCAUGCGGCUCUACGACAAUUUUGGCGAUCUAGGUGCUCAAAUCAAGGAUUAUGUGGACGAAUACCAAUCACGAUCUGCUUCUUCCUCCGUCAAGGAUAUCCAGACAGUGGCCGACAUGAAGCGCUUCAUCGAGGAGUACCCAGAAUUUCGCAAGCUCGGCGGCAACGUCAGCAAGCACGUCGCACUUGUAGGCGAGCUCAGCAGAUUGGUCGAGGUGCGCAAGCUGCUCGAAGUUAGCGAGCUAGAGCAGAGUCUCGCGAGCAACGAAUCUCACGGCGCAGACCUCAGGAGUACGCAAAUGAUGAUCGCUUCUCCAGACAUUCCGAAUGACAGUAAGCUCCGAAUAGCAAUCCUAUACGCACUGCGGUAUCAGCGUUUCAAUGGCAAUGCGAUCUCGCAAGUGGUUGCACUGCUCAAGCAGAAUGGCAUAGCCGAUUCGGAAGCUGCCCUCGUACAUAUUAUGCUCAACUUUGCUGGUGCGGACCAGCGCCAGGACGAUCUGUUCCGCAACGAGAACUUCUUCUCAAAAGGCAAAUCUGCCCUCAAAGGCCUAAAGGGGGUCGACAAUGUCUAUACACAGCACACGCCGCACAUCGCCCAGACGGUCGAGCUCCUCGUCAAAGGCCGAUUGAAAGAGGCGAGCUACCCUUAUCUCGACGUGCAGAGUAUACCUCGAGACACACGGUGUCAGGAUGUCAUCUUGUUCAUCAUCGGCGGCACGACUUACGAAGAGGCGCGCUCGAUCGCAGUACUAAAUCAACAAUUUGCACAGGCAUCAUCGUACUCGAAUGCACCCGGUGCGCAGGCUCAGAACAACUUUGGUGCAGGCGUCAGACUUCUGCUGGGUGGCACCGGCGUGCUGAAUUCGACAAUGUUCCUCGAUCUCGUUCGCGAUGCUGCCGCUCGAUUUCCGGCAUCAAUGACUUCCUCCGCGCUUUCCUUGCGACCAACAAGUCAGCCUCCACAAGCGACGCCGCAGACUAGUCAAGAAGGCUUGAAUCUCAAAAUUGGCAACCUUUCCCUCAAUGUCGGGGGCAAUGCCGGUGCAGGCCUCGAAGCCGGCGUGGACAAUGUCAGAGACGCUGCGAUGAACCUGUUCGGACGAGUACGGAAGGGCGUCAAUCAGCUAUAG